GCACGGUGGCGGCGCGACCAAUCGGUGGCGGCGCCUCAUGACUAUGCGAUGAAAGCUUGGCCGGCCAUUGCGAAGGCUCCGGGGUGACAGCGCCGAGCGCGCGACGGCUGAAAGGUGGGCGUCGGCCGGUUGGUUGGCGGUUGGCUGACUCGAGAUGGCGGCAGCGGCCUUGUAUUUGGAGCACUACCUGGACAGCAUUGAAAACCUGCCCUGUGAAUUACAGAGAAACUUCCAACUUAUGCGUGAACUGGAUCAGAGAACAGAAGACAAGAAAGCAGAAAUUGAUAGUCUUGCUGCACAAUAUAUUUCAACGGUGCGGGAUCUGUCAUCAGAGCAACGAGUAGAAAUCUUGCAGAAGAUCCAAAAUGCUUAUACAAAAUGCAAAGAGUAUAGUGAUGACAAAGUGCAGUUGGCCAUGCAGACCUACGAGAUGGUGGACAAGCACAUUCGACGGCUAGAUGCUGAUCUUGCCCGAUUUGAAGCUGAUCUGAAGGAUAAGUUGGAAGGCAGUGAUUUUGAAAACCCUGUGACACAAACCUUAAAAAAGGGGAGAAUUCCAAAGGAUAAGAAAACUUCCCGUGGUCGAGGCCGGCGGACAUCAGAGGAAGAUGCUCCAGUGAAAAAGAAACCAAAACGAAGAUCUGAAUUAGCUGAUACCAUCCUGUCGGUUCACCCUUCUGAUGUCUUGGACAUGCCAGUGGAUCCCAAUGAACCCACAUACUGCUUGUGCCAUCAAGUAUCUUAUGGAGAAAUGAUUGGGUGUGACAACCCCGAUUGUCCAAUUGAAUGGUUUCACUUUGCUUGUGUGGAUCUCACGACCAAACCCAAAGGAAAAUGGUACUGUCCUCGCUGUGCGCAAGAGAAGAAGAAGAAGUAGAAAUGAUGUAUAGUAUGAAAAGAAAAGUUUUAAUAUAUUCAUAUGUUGCAGUAUAUUGUUUUCAUCACCAACCCAUCUUGUUUGGCCUGAAGCAAUGCAGUAGCCAGGUGUUCUCUUUAUUAGCCAUGCGAAUCAUAAAAGUGGGGUAUACAGGAAGUUCAUUAGUAAUGAUUAUUUGGGUUACAAAGUGCACUUGGUCACUGUAAUCAAAGAUAUGAAGUACUUAAGGAUAGAUCUGCACUGGAAUUUCUAAUAUACUGAAACCUGUGAAAACUGCCUGUGGCCUUUCAUGUGAAUAAGAUAGCAUCUUUUGUUGUCACAAAAUGUAGUCACUUUCACCAGCGCCAUUUCACCGGCAGAAUGACAUGUUUUCUCUUGUAUUUCCAAUGCAUCCUCUAAAAUUAUUUUAGAGAUUUGGAAUGAGCAUUGGGAAACAGGUUCAGAAUGAAGUAAGAGUCCUAUUAUGUGAGGAUAUGCUUGCAUAAUUUUUGAUGCAAACCUUUGCUUUGCACAAUAAAUUUAUGAAAUCUUUUAAAUCUUUAUUAUUGUUAAUAAGAUGUAGAAUUACUUAGUUCACUUUUGCAGGUAGAUUUUCCAUUUGACUCUGUUAAGGAGUGGGUUGAGGUUUUCAACGUGCAAUUUUGCCACUUUGGAAAUAAGUUUGCAAAGUUAUAUUUCACAAAAAGAAUAGAGAAUUUGUUUUUGAUUAGGAGAGUUCACAAUGCUUAUUUCAAAAUGCUUAUUGUUUCUGUGUGCUGUCCCCUCUGAACUUCAUUUUGCUUUCACUGAAACUGGAUGCAUUGCUCUCAUUCCUGCUGAUAAUCAAUACCUGUGAUAUCAGUAUAGUAUAAAUCCCUCAUAAAAUAAGAUUUAAUAUUUUAAAAUAAAGGACCAGGAAAACUGGACCAGGAAAACUAGUUUUCAGGAAAUAAUAGUUUUAGAAAAUGAGAAGUUCCCAUAACUGCACAAAAGUGUUUGAUAGAAUGUUAUGCAGUAUGUUCCUGUUCUGACUUCACUGAGAUACUUUCUACUACCCACUGUAAAUAUUGGCAUUCUUUUCUGAUCUUCUCAGGUAAGAGAUAGGCAUUCCCUCCCCCCCCCCCCCCAAACAUACACACACGUUGCUUUUUGUUGUCCAUCUGUCAUUCUCUCAUAGGUAGUCAAGGUUUGCAUGCUUUUAUAUAAUUCAUCAACCUGACAAUUCUGUUCAGCUAGACAAAAACAUAACACUUGUUCACCAAGGAGUCUGCCAUACAACCUUCAGCUUUUAAAUAGUAUAUUUUAAUUUAAAAAUAAAAAUAAAAAGUGAAGUCAGUUUAAAUGGAAGGAAUACCCUUUUGAAAAUAUCCAGUUGCCCAAUUUGCUAAAAUUGGUUUUAGCUUGUAAUGUAAAAAUGAUUGCCAGAAAUGAUAGCAAUCAAUACCUUUCUUUAAACAAUUGUCACCAUUACAUCUGCAGUAUCAAAAUGAACUCCAUUUCAAUCUGGAAAAGCUGAUCUCUAGAAUGUUGCAAAACCCUCAAAAUGGUUAGUUUACAUUUAGAAAAAAAAUCUUAUAAGAGUUUGGUUUUUAUUAUGGAAGAAUGCAAAUUCAUAUAGUUUUAUACACACAAUUUUGUAGUUAGUAAGGCAGUUCAUUUAUAGUAUUCUUUGUACCAUUUUAUGUUUUCUGUAACUGUACUUGCUUUCUAAAAGUGCAAACUGCAUUAAUUUCUUACGAAGGAGAGAAGAAACAACAUUGUAGAAGUCAUGCCACAGGGUCCUUAUAUGCUUCUGAAAUGUCGUAUUGUUAUACAGUGGUACUUCGGUACUCGUUGGUUCUGGGAGGCGCAAUGAGUACCCAAACUUUUUUCUUCUAUAAGGAAUAAUGUCAAUAAUAUGUUCCCAAACCAAAAACAAUGCACAUUUUAAGGCAAUAUGUAAAAAGCUAGGAUUGUGUAUCAUUACUUUAUAUGAGAAAUAAGCCUAAAAAUUAAUAAAUUGAUUAAAUAAAAUAAAAACUUCACUUGUACUGAGAAAAAAAA